CGCGCUCCGUCUCAAGUCUCAAACUCUCAAUGCCUUCUACAUAAAUAGCCCCGCAAGUUGGAUCGGAUCUCGCAAUCUAGGCGUUUGUUUGCCUACGCUGCAAGUUCGGAUCGUGGAUCGAUCGAGCUCGCUGAUCAGGCAAGCAGGCCGGCCGGAGGGAGGAGAUGGCGCAGGGGACGCUGGAGGUGCUGCUCGUCGGGGCCAAGGGCCUGGAGAACACCGAUUACCUGAGUAACAUGGAUCCGUACGCGGUUCUGAGAUGCCGCUCCCAGGAGCAGAAGAGCAGCGUUGCAUCUGGGAAAGGAUGUGAUCCUGAAUGGAACGAGACCUUUGUGUUCACCGUCUCCGACAGCUCAACAGAGCUAUUCAUCAAGCUCCUGGACAGUGAUGGUGGCACGGAUGACGACUUUGUUGGUGAAGCAACGAUUCCUCUGGAAGCAGUUUUUACAGAAGGAAGCAUCCCUCCGACUGUUUACAUUGUUGUGAAAGAUGAAGAAUACCGUGGAGAAAUCAAAGUUGGUCUCACAUUCACUCCAGAGCAGGAUGCUCCUGAUCAGGGUUUCUGAGAGCCGUCUUGAAAAGAAGCAGAUUCCUUGAUGUCUCUCUGCAAUUCUGUGACCAAGUCAGCCUUGUUGAGCAUGUACAACUUAUAUGUAGAAGCAUCCACAAAUUAUUACUCUAAAAUCAGGCUUGUUUGGUCUCUCCUAAAAUUCCUAUCACAUUGAAUGUUUAGAUACUAAUUAGGAGUAUUAAACAUACACUAGUUAUAAAACCAAUUACACAGAUGGAG